AUGAAUUUCUUAGGAAUAGAUGUUGGAAGUAAACACAGUUUAAUUGCUCAUACAGUUGAAGGUUCAUUUCCAACUGUUGUAUCAAAUAAAAUUUCUAAUCCAUUAACUCCUUCAUGUAUUGUAUAUGAACCUGCAUCAGAAGCUGUAUUUAUUGGAGAUGAAGCAAUUGAUAAACAAAUGAGAUAUCCACAACAUACAAUAAAUAAUGUAACUACACAACCUACAUUUAAUCAAGAAUUACCAUAUUUCUAUCAUACAUUAUUAAUUGAUAAUUUAUUAAAAGACGUAGAAAUGUAUUUAAAAGAUAAACUUACAGAAUUAAAACCAGAAGAAACAGUAGUAACACUUACUAUUCCAAGUGAAAUGGAAGAAGAAAAAAAGGAAUUAUAUAAAAAUAUAAUUAAAGGACAUUUUAACUUUAAAGAAGUUUUAACAUUAUCUGAUAUUGAAGCAGCUGCACUUUGUCUUAAAACAAUGCAUUCUGUUGAAAAGAAAAAUGUAUUAAUUGUAGAUAUUGGAGCACAUCAUACUACAGCAGCAGUAUUUUCAGUUGGAGAAACAAUUGAAUGUAUUAGUAAAGAGUCAGCUAUUGUUGGAGGAAAUGAUUUUGAUAAAAAGUUGAUUGAAUAUGCUGAACGUUAUUUAUUAGAAAAACAAAAAAUUGAUAUAACACAACCAAAUUACAUUAGAGCAUUUAUUAGAACACAAAGAGCUGUUGAGAAAGCAAGAAUUUUACUUUCAACAAUUCCAGAAACUAAUAUUGAGAUUGAUGGAAUUAAUGACGGUUCUAUUAUGAUUAAAUUAAGUAGAGAAUUAAUGCAACAAUUAAUUCAUGAUGAAUUAUAUAAAAUUGAAGAAGUGGUAAAAAAAGUUGUUAAUGAUGGUAAAACAAAAAUUGAACAAGUUGAAGUUAUUGGUGGAACAGGAAGAGCACCAAAUGUUGUUCAAAUUAUUAAAGGUGUUGUUGGAGAAGAAGUAAGAUUUUUAAAUUCAAUUGAUUCUGCAUGUUCAAUUGCACUUGGAGGAGCUGUUUAUGCAGAACGUAGUCAACAAAAUAAAAACAAAUUAACAGAAGAGAAGAAGAAUAAUGAGAUAGAAGAAAAACAAAAAGAAAUGAUUAAAAAAAUUGAUGAAGAAAUGUUAAAAGCAACAACGAUAAUUAAGAAUAGAGAAAGAAAGAUGUGGAUAUUAAAUGAUAUUGAAACUAAGAUUAAUCAAUAUAGAAGAUAUAUAGAGUCAAAAGAAGGAAAUAUUCCUGAAAAUGAAUCUAAUGCAUUAAGAAAUCUUUGUAAUGAAAUGGAAGAUUGGCUUAAUGAUGCUCAAGACCUUGGACUAGAAUCUUUAGAAGAAGCUUAUAAAGCUCAUUUAAUUGCAAUUGACUCUGCUGCUCCUACCUUAAAAAGUUAUUUAGAUAAAAAAGCUGAAGAAGCUAAAAACGAGAAAGAAAAAGCUGAAAAAAUGAGAGCUGAACAUAUAGGAACUGGAGAAACAGCUCGUAAGAGACCAGAACCAAAAACAAAUAAAGAAAAAAUGGAAGCUGCAGAAAAGGCAAAAGAAAAAGGAACUAAAGCAUUUAAAGACACAGACUGGAUUGGUGCUAUUAGAAUGUAUUCAAGUGCUCUUGGACAUGUUGAAGCAAUGUUUGAUAUGGGACCAGAAGAAAUAGAUAAAUGUAAUCAAAUGAAGUUAUCACUUUAUUUAAAUCUUGCUCUCUGUUAUUUAAAAGUAGAUAAAUUAAAUAAAGCAUUAGAUAAUGCUGAGUCUGCAUUGAAAAUUGAUGGAAAAAAUGUUAAAGGAUUAUUUAGAAAAGGAAUGGCAUUAAAUGGAUUAAAGAAAUAUGAAGAGGCAUUAGUUGCUUUUAAACAAAGUGAAGAAAUUGAACAUAGUGCAGCUACUGUUAGUUGGAUAAAGAAUACUGAGGCAAAGAUCCAAGCCGAUAAAGAGAAAGAAAAGAGAUUAGCUCAAAAGAUGUUUGGAUUUUAA